AUGGCCCAAGGCGGUCGCGCAAGCAGUGCCAUGCCUCUACUCCCUGGCACGAGAGCGUCCAACGAGCGCCUCGUCUUUGUGAAGAACGUGCCCAGCUAUGUGCCCGAGGAUCAGAUUGCCGAAUUAUUCGCCCCGUACAAGCCGCUCAGCAUAAAGAACAUCUACAAAGGAAGCAGCAUCACGACAAUUGUGGUUGGGUUUGGCUCGCGGAGCGAUGCAGUGCGCGCUCAGCGCAACACGGACGGGAAGUCGCUGGGCAGCGCAGUGAUCAAGGUGGAGAUGUAUGAGCAGCGAAGGUCACUUCGGUACAUAAAAGGUCAAGAGCAGGCCAACCUUGCAUCGAGCGCUGGGGAGGAAGAGGGGCCCGAGCAGCACGAGGAAGAAGACAAGGAGGAGGAAGAAGAGGAAGAGGAAGAAGCCCAGGAAGAAGCUCGCCCAUACUUCCCGCCUCUCGAACCCGUUCGGAUCAAGACACCCAAUGCAAUCCCGCGAGGUAUCACUUGGGCGCGCAUUGCAGGCACUCAGUUUGCUCAAGGAGCUAUCAGCACACCAGCCAACCUCAAAGCCGACGAUGCGCAGACACCCUCUUCAACGCCCAUCAGAACACCGCAAACGCCAGUAGAUAUGCCAAUCAAGCCCUUCAACCCAAAAGAUCAAGCACCAGACUCGCCCUCGCCGGCACCCAUGUCUCUCGGCGACGCCACACCCGACGCCAUCUUCGUACCGCCUACCCUCGACGCGCUUAGCAACGCAGAUGGCGAGAGCGAAGCAGAAUACGGACUCAGGCGGUGGACAGAGAUCCUGGGCUGGGCACAGAACAAUACUGGCGAUAAUACGUAUGCCACGCACGCUCCCGCCGAGCCUUUUGGCACAACGGCGCGUAUCCAGUACCGGCAUAGCCGAGACUGUGCUUUUUGCAGAAAGAGAGAGAGACGAUGA